CGCCACGUGAAAGGGCGCGAGAAGGCGGCCGGCCUGCUCCGGACCGAGCUGCAGCUGCAGGAGCAGCUGGCCCGUGGCACAGCCGAUGUCGCUCGCAAGGUGCUGGCCCUGGGCCGGCCGGUGGAGAUCGUCUCGCUGGAGGCCCUGAUCACCCAGCGGCUCAGCCAGCUCCGAGGCUUCCACUGGGAGCCCCUUGGGGGGCCGCACCCCCGGCUGGUCGUCCGCGCCGAUCUCCAGAACCUGAGCAGCCUCUUCCAGCUGGACCUGGGCGAGGCCGAGCCCAAGGGCCGAGGGGAGGACAGGGCCCAGCAUGACGCCCCUUCCCUGGAGCCACCGGCCCCUUCCUCGGAGCCACAGGCCUCUGUCCCAGAGCCAUCGGCUGCUGCCCCAGAGCUGCCGGCCCCUGCCCCAGAUCCACUGUCAUGCCAGCCGCCCCCCAUCGCCCGCUUCUUCUGCAACUUCUCGGUGCGGAUCCCCGGGGAUAAGCAUCGGCCCCGGGUCACGGGGCUUUGCCCCCUGGGCUCCAGGGAGCUGCUCCUGGCCGACGAGGAGAACCGCAGCCUCAAACGCUUCUCGCUGCAGGGGGACUUCCGGGGCGCCGUCCCGGUGCAUGGCGACGCGGCCCCCUGCAGCGUGGCGGCCGUGGGCAGCAGAGUGGCCUACACCGCCGGCUCCCGGCUCUACCUGGCGGAGCAGGAUGGCACCCUGAUCUGGCAGAAGGCCCUGCGCCCCACCCAGGCCAGCCAUGCUGUCACGCCGGCGGCGGAGGGGGGCGAGGCCGUGGCGGUGAGCGUGGCAGGGCACAUGGAGGUCUAUGACGCCCGGGGAGAGCUGGUGGAGAAGAUUUUCCCGGACGGGCAUGACCAUCUGGCCAUGGUGUUCGUGGCCAGCCGGUGCGGGCGCUAUGUGGCCUCAGACUGGCACCGGCGCAGCUUGGUGGCGUUUGAUGGACAUGGGCAUCUGCUGGUGGAGCUGGGCGAGGAGCGGCUGGAGCGGUGCCAGCCAGGAGCCGUCUGCAUCGACGACAGGGGCCAUUUCUACGUGGUCCUGCGGGAGCUGAGCAAGGUGAUGGUGUUUGGGCCGGGCGGGGAGACGCUGGGGCCCUUCCUCACCCCCCGCCACGGCAUCCAGCGAGCCCGGGUGGCCACCGUCACCGGGGACGGGCACUUCGCCAUGGCGCUGAGCGACGGCACCGUCCACGUCUUCCGCAUCCAGUGCCCGAGUCAGUGAGCGGGGGGAGCCCGGGGAUGGGGGAACUGAGAAGAGAGUGUGUGUUUGUGUGUGUGUCAGUGCAUGCAUUAGUGUGUCUGUGUGAUCUGUGAAUGGGAGUAUUUGAGGAGAGUCUGUGUGUCUGCAAUGAGUGUUAGUGGC